CGUAUUGGAGGAACAUUUGCUACCAAAUUUCAUGUUUGUUUCUCAGCUUGCUUUUGUGUGUUUAUAUAUUUUGGGUGUCGAAGCUAGAGAAGUCAAGGUUGAAAAGUUAGAAGGAGGAAACGAAAAUGGAGAGCUAUUUGAAUGAGAACUUUGGGGGAGUGAAGCCCAAGAACUCGUCGGAUGAGGCGCUGCAGCGAUGGCGGAGCCUUUGCGGCGUCGUUAAGAACCCUAAGCGUCGCUUCCGCUUCACUGCCAACCUUUCCAAGCGCUAUGAGGCUGCUGCCAUGCGCCGUACAAAUCAGGAGAAAUUGCGGAUUGCUGUUCUUGUUUCCAAGGCUGCCUUUCAGUUCAUACAGGGGGUGAAACCACCGAGUGAUUACACUCUACCUAAGGAGGUUGAAGAAGCGGGGUAUGAAAUUUGCCCAGAUGAGUUGGGAGCACUAGUUGAAGGGCAUGAUCUGAAGAAACUGAAGUUUCAUGGUGGGGUGGAAAGUAUUGCCAGCAAGUUGCGCACCUCUUCGACCAAUGGGCUCACUUCUGAUGCUGAUGCCCUUCAUCGCAGACAGGAGCUUUUUGGGAUCAACAAGUUCAAAGAGACCGCACCCAAGAGCUUUUGGGUGUUCGUGUGGGAGGCCCUUCACGACAUGACUCUGAUGAUCCUUGGCAUGUGUGCGUUUGUUUCGCUAAUCGUUGGCCUGGUAAUGGAGGGAUGGCCGAAGGGGGCUCAUGAUGGGCUCGGGAUUGUUGCCAGUAUCUUGUUGGUUGUGGUUGUAACAGCAACGAGUGAUUAUCGUCAGUCUUUGCAGUUCAGGGAUUUGGACAAAGAGAAGAAGAAAAUAGCCAUUCAGGUUACGAGAGAUGGGUAUAGGCAAAAGAUGUCGAUAUAUGAGCUAGUUCCUGGCGAUAUUGUUCAUCUUUCAAUUGGAGAUCAAGUGCCUGCCGAUGGGCUUUUUCUCUCGGGGUUUUCUGUUUCAAUCGAUGAGUCGAGUUUGACUGGAGAAAGCGAGCCAGUGAUGGUCAGUACUGAAAAUCCUUUUCUUCUGUCUGGAACGAAGGUCCAAGAUGGAUCGUGCAAGAUGUUGGUCGCGACGGUUGGGAUGAGGACACAGUGGGGGAAACUUAUGGCAACUCUUAGUGAAGGGGGAGACGAUGAAACUCCAUUACAGGUUAAAUUGAAUGGAGUGGCAACGAUCAUUGGUAAAAUAGGCCUCUUUUUCUCUGUGGUCACGUUUGCGGUGUUGAUGCAGAAAAUGUAUGUCCGGAAACUUCGAGAGGGAACCCAUUGGGUUUUGAACGGAGAAGAUGCACUUGAACUCCUCGAAUACUUUGCUAUCGCGGUUACUAUCGUGGUGGUCGCAGUUCCCGAGGGACUCCCUCUAGCCGUGACACUAAGCCUCGCUUUCGCCAUGAAAAAGAUGAUGAACGAUAAAGCGCUCGUACGCCAUUUGGCCGCUUGUGAAACAAUGGGAUCGGCUACGACCAUCUGUAGUGACAAAACUGGCACGCUAACAACCAACCGCAUGACGGUCGUCAAAACGUGCAUCGCUAUGAACAUCAAGGAUAUAAACAAGCCGAGCGAUGCAGCUGCGUUGUGCUCCGAGCUCCCCGAUGCGGUUCUGAAAAAGGUGUUGCAGUCCAUCUUCAACAACACCGGGGGCGAAGUUGUGGCUUCGAAAACCGGGAAACGUGAAAUGUUGGGGACCCCAACCGAGACUGCUAUACUGGAGUUUGGUUUAGCUCUAGGUGGAGAUUUCCAGGCGGAAAGACAGGCUUGCAAGCUUAUAAAAGUCGAGCCGUUUAACUCUACUAAGAAAAGAAUGGGCGUAGUAUUAGAACUCCCCGAGGGAGGUUUACGUGCUCAUACUAAAGGUGCUUCGGAGAUCGUCUUGGCUGCCUGUGACAAGGUGAUAAAUUCGGACGGUGUAAUUGUUCCCCUGGAUGAAGCAUUGACUAAUCGCAUGAAUUCCACAAUAGAACAGUUUGCUAAUGAAGCCCUUCGAACCUUAUGCCUUGCCUAUAUGGAACUGGAAAAUGGAUUCUCCCCUAACGAGGAAAUUCCACUCUCGGGGUAUACUUGUGUAGGAAUUGUAGGAAUUAAGGAUCCUGUUCGGCCUGGCGUAAGGGAAUCUGUUGCUCUUUGUCGUUCAGCUGGCGUAACUGUUCGGAUGGUUACUGGGGAUAACAUCAAUACUGCAAAAGCUAUAGCUCGGGAGUGUGGAAUAUUAACUGAUGAUGGUAUUGCCAUAGAAGGUCCAGUUUUUAGGGAGAAAAGUCCUGAGGAAAUGCAAAAAAUAAUUCCUAAAAUUCAGGUGAUGGCUAGAUCUUCACCGCUAGACAAACACACAUUGGUAAAGCAAUUGCGAACAACGUUUAAUGAAGUUGUGGCAGUGACGGGUGAUGGAACCAAUGAUGCUCCUGCACUUCACGAAGCGGAUAUUGGACUUGCAAUGGGCAUUGCUGGAACCGAGGUAGCGAAAGAGAGCGCUGAUGUUAUUAUUCUAGAUGACAAUUUCUCCACGAUUGUGACUGUAGCUAAAUGGGGACGUUCGGUUUACAUAAACAUUCAGAAAUUCGUUCAGUUCCAGUUGACUGUUAAUGUGGUUGCUUUGAUUGUCAACUUCUCGUCCGCUUGUUUAACUGGUAAGGCCCCCCUUACUGCUGUUCAACUUUUGUGGGUGAAUAUGAUCAUGGAUACAUUGGGAGCGCUUGCUCUGGCAACUGAACCCCCUACUGAUGAUCUAAUGAAGAGAGCGCCAGUAGGAAGGACUGGAAGUUUUAUCACGAAUGUAAUGUGGAGGAAUAUCUUGGGACAAUCUCUAUAUCAGUUUAUCGUCAUCUGGUUCCUUCAGGCAUGUGGAAAAUUCGUGUUUCGUCUCGAUGGCCCUGAUGCUGACCUCACCCUCAACACGCUUAUUUUCAACUCAUUUGUCUUCUGUCAGCUUUUCAAUGAGGUGAACUCUCGAGAGAUGGAGAAAAUAGACGUGCUUGAAGGCAUACUGAACAACUAUGUGUUCGUGACAGUGAUCAGUGUCACAGUUUUCUUCCAGAUUAUAAUCAUCGAAUAUCUGGGGACAUUCGCAAACACGACCCCCCUCAGCCUCUGCCAGUGGUUCCUCAGUGUAUUCUUUGGUUUCUUAAGCAUGCCAAUUGCUGUGUACCUGAAGAAGAUCCCCGUAUGAAAGCCCAUCCAGACUUACAGAUGCCAAUCUGGAUCGGGUGCAGAAGAACUGUGAUAUCUAAUCCUGUGAGGGAUGGAUUUGGCACAAUUGUAAAAUCCCGCCUUCCUUCCUUUUCCCCUUUUUAAUCUAGUUUUCAUAUUCCGGCUUGAGAAAAGAGCUAGAGUACUGUUAUUCCCGCUCCAGCUCCCCCGAAUUGCUUGGUUUUUUUGGCGCCACUGACCACCUUUAGUUGUGUAUGUCACAAUCAAAAGGCUUCCCACUUAUUAGUUGUUUGAUUGGCUUGAAUUUAAUUAAGCAGUUCUGCAAAAACUGCUGCAAUCUGAUACUUUUAUUAGUUGAUUUAGCCUGUAAUCAUCAUCCACUUAUCUUAUUAAUGCAAAAGCUGAUCAGCACAGAA